UGGGUUGGGUAUCAGCUCUGUAUUUCUCUCGGAACCUAUUUCCAGAUUUCCCAGGCAUAUGCUUCAAGGGAUUAUAUUGUUGUAGCAAUUGAUUCUCGCUACCAUGGAGAGCGUGCAAGAAACUUAACAACUUACCGAGAUGCUCUGGUGUCAUCGUGGAAAAAAGGCGAUACGAUGCUUUUCAUAUUUGACACGGUUUGGGACUUAAUAAAAUUGGCAGAUCAUCUCACACAAAGGGAGGAUGUGGAUCCUUCAAGGACAGGAAUUAUCGGCGAAUCACUUGGAGCAAUGCAUGCAUGGUUUGGUGCUGCUGCUGAUACUCGCUAUUCAGUGGCUGCGCCUAUAAUUGGUGUUCAGGGGUUUAGAUGGGCUAUUGAACAUGACAAGUGGCAAGCUCGGGUUGACAGCAUUUUAAGGCUGUAUUUGAAGAAGCAAGAAUUGAUCUUGGAAAAAGUGCAAUCGAUAAAGAAGUGGUGGAGAAGUUUAGUUUCUUCUGCUGUAGUGUUGCAGCCGCUCAGACAGGAAAUCAAGGUACUGAAAUCGUUUAAAUUGAACAAUUCGUUUUGAUGUGUGAGUGAGUAGUGUUGUGGAUCCAAAAGAGUAAAAUCUGUGGAUCUACAUCCAACAGAGCCAUGUUAAGUUGCCGGUGAAGUUGAUCUCAACGAAAGAGU